GAUGGUCUCCGUGUUGACAGAAUGGACAUGUGGAGGACACGUGGGAUUUAUCUUGGACAGAAAGAGAUUCACCACCAGAGCCCCGUGGAGGAUCCUCCACUGCAGGUCUCCAGACCUCUUGUUCACAAGAGUCUCCACACCGGCUCUGUCCCGUGGGAGUCUGUCCUCCCACACCAUGUUCUUCCUCCCACCCAGCGACUUCCUUAAAACUGAGCUGUAUGAGAUGAGCUGGAACUUACGUGAUGGACUCAGAGACAGUUUGGUUGCUGCAGCUCCGUAUGGAGGACCAAUAGCUCUCCUCAGAGAACCUCACAGACGUUCUCCAAGUUCUCGUCCUCAGUUGGAAAUUUAUUCAGCGUCUGGAGUCGACAUCGCCAGUUUCCCCUGGAAGAGUGGUCCUGUGGUCCAGUUGGGUUGGACGGUCAGUGAUGAGUUGUUAUGUAUUCAAGAAGACGGAUCAGUUCUGAUAUAUGAUCUGUUUGGAUCUUUCAAGAGACACUUCACUAUGGGACAGGAAGUGGUCCAGACUCAGGUAUUGGAGGCCAAAGUUUUCCACUCUCCUUAUGGAACAGGUGUUGCCAUUGUAACCGGCUCCUCCCGCUUCACCUUGGCAACCAACAUUGACGACCUGAAGCUCCGCAGAUUACCUGAAGUCCCAGGUCUACAGGGGAAGCCGUCCUGUUGGGUCGUCCUCACUCAGGACAGACAGACUAAAGUUCUUCUGUCCAACGGACCUGAACUCUACAUCCUGGACAACACGUCCUGCACUGCUGUGUGUCCUCCAGGUUUCAGUCCACAGGUUGGAAACAUCGUCCAGAUGGCUGUGUCUUUCAGCUACAAAUACCUUGCUCUCUUCACUGACACAGGACACCUUUGGACAGGCUCCUCCCAUCUCCAGGACAAACUGAGCGAAGUUGACACUAAAAAGACGCCGACGCCCAAACAUAUGGUCUGGUGUCGCAGACCCAAGAGUCAGCAGCCGUCUGUGGUGCUGAUGUGGGACAGACUCCUCCUGGUGGCUGGAGUCUGUGGUGACACCAUCCAGUUCCCCCUGGAGGAUCCGUGUGUGUUGGUCGGAGAACUGGAUGGAGUUCGGAUCAUCAGCUCGACCAAUCAGGAGCUGCUACAGGAAGUUCCUCUGGUCUGUCAGGACAUGUUCAAGAUCGCAUCCAUGGCUCCUGGAGCUCUGCUGCUGGAGGCCCACCGGGAGUAUGAGAAGUCGAGUCAGAAGGCUGAUGAGUACCUGAGGGAGAUCAAAGAGCAAAGCAUGCUGGGAGAAGCAGUCAGACAGUGUGUGGAGGCUGCAGGUCAUGAAUAUGACCCCAGCACCCAGAAGUCGCUGCUGAGGGCGGCGUCCUUCGGGAAGUGUUUCCUGACAGACUUCAGUCCAGAUCAGUUUGUGACGACCUGCAGAGAACUGAGGGUUCUGAACGGAGUCCGAGAGAACGGAGUGGGUCUGCCGCUCACACACACCCAAUUUAAACAGAUGACUCUACAGGUGCUGAUAGACAGGCUCGUGUAUCGACAGUUUUACCCGUUGGCGAUAGAAAUGUGUCGUUACCUGAAGAUUCCAGAUUAUCAGGGCGUCAGUCGAGUCCUCAAACACUGGGCCUCAUGCAAGGUGCAGCAGAAGGACCUAUCAGAUGAUGCCAUUGCUCGAGUGGUGUGUGUGAAGGUGGGAGACUCACCUGGCGUUUCGUACUCUCACAUCGCUGCUAAGGCUUAUGAGUGUGGACGCACUGAGCUCGCCAUCAAGCUGCUGGACUCUGAAGCUCGCUCUGGAGAACAGGUUCCUCUGCUGUUGAAGAUGAAGAGGAGUCAAUUGGCUCUGAGCAAAGCUGUGGAGAGUGGAGACACUGACCUAGUGUACACAGUCGUCAGUUACUUGAAGAACGAGAUGAACAGAGGAGAUUUCUUUAUGACCCUGAGGAACCAACCGGUCGCUCUGAGUCUCUACAGACAGUUCUGUAAACUUCAGGAGCAGGAGACUCUGAAGGAUCUUUACAAUCAGGACGAUGAUCAUCAGGAACUGGCAAAUUAUUACGUCACCGCCAGUUACAGAGAGAAGAGGUUAGACAGCCGUCUGUCUCUCCUGCAGAGCGCCAUAGAUGAAUACAACAAAGCAAAGAAUGAAUUUUCUGCAAAGAUGACAGAGGACGAAAUGCGUCUCCUUCGUUUUCAACGGAAACUGGACGACGAGAAAGGGGCGGGGCUACUGGGACUGUCUCUCCAGGCGACCAUGGAGGCUCUGCUGUCGUUAGGACUUCACAAACAGACGGAACAACUGUACAGAGACUUCAGGGUUCCUGACAAGAGGUAUUGGUGGUUGAAGCUGAUGUCUCUGGCGGAGAAGGAAGAGUGGGAGGAGCUAGAGAAGUUCUCAAAGAGCAAGAAGUCUCCUAUUGGCUACCUGGCGUUUGUUGACGUGUGCAUGAAGAGUAACAACAAGUAUGAAGCCAAGAAGUACGUUUCCAAGGUGACGCCUGAGCAGAAGGUCAAAGCUCACCUGGCCGUCAGUGACCUUGAGGGGGCGGCAGAUGCUGCAAUCGAGCGCAAGAACGACGCAGAGAUGGGGGCGAUCCUUUCCAGGUGCUCCGCCUCCGACCGGCUCCUGAUUGACAGGCUGAACCGAGCCAGAGCUGCCGCUGCCAAAAAGUGAUCCUGUGCUUAAGUUGUGAUUGGAUAGCAGAUGAGAACCUGUUGUCAUCUUCUCCUUCAUGUGCACUAAUGUCAGAUGUGACAAUGUAUCGAUUGAUUAUCGAUCUGUCGGUUUGACCUCCCGUCCCUCAGUAAGUCCCGCCCCCCGUGUUGCUUCAGGUCCAGUUUAGAUGGACUCAUCCAGACCUCCAGGACCGGAUCCAGGACCGGGUCAGUGGCGUCCUACAGGACUUUCUACUCGAACCCACAAACAUAAACCAGAUGUUUAACUUGAACUUAUUAUUGGAAACUGUAACAUGACAGAUCUCAGACUGUGACCACUUCCUGUUUCAGCUGCGUCACAGCUGUGAGCACUUCCUGUUGGUGUAGCUUCACAUUAAAAGCUUGUCAGAGCCGGUUGGAUAUUU